AAUGUUGAGGGAAACGGUAGGCCAACAACACAACUAAAGCACACAUAAAGCAUAGUGACAAUGAAUCGGGAGUUUUCAAACUUACAAACUAUUGACAUAUCAACAGAUGGAUUAUCACCAUUGAGAACAAAAUUUUGAUAACAAAUUAGUGCCAAAAAAAAUGAUGAACUUAUGUAAAUCAGGUAUCAGUGCCCGAACUAAAUCAUUGAGAGAAAAGUUUAGCCGAAACAGGAGUUAUUCAGAGCUGUCAUUCAAGGACUCGUCGACCUCAUCGACACCGACGGGCGACGCACCGCCGUUUAGAUAUAGUGUACGCACACAUUCAAGGGGUUAUAUACCCACACUACCAGAACAGGGUCGACAAAACAGUGCGGAUGCGAUACAAGUGACGAGUAUUCCGGGCGAACAGAUAUCCAAUUCAUAUAACAUAUUACCAGAAGAGGCCUAUUGUAGCGCUUUAGACAUCAACAGUGGUGAUGACGGGCCCCGAUUCCCGUGGCAGUGUGAUGUGGCCAUACAAUGUGAACUCAUAUCAACCAAUGCACUGACCGCAGCACAGCCUAAGUUAGCAAAAUCAGGCACUCAUGCGUCCAAUACGAGCACAUCAUUAACGCCAGACCAGCACUCAGGCAGCCAUAAACAAGGAAUUCGCUUCUGGAAGAGCUCAUACAUAUUGGGUCACAAUAGCAAUGUUAGCGAUGACAACAAAAAACCAGUUCCGCAGAAAAAACGUGACCACAAGUCUGUAUUGCAAAGGGCAGCCUCUUUUGAUUCGCGUGGAUACUCACGACUCGUCCAAAGUUCAACACCCAAUUCGCCCACACUUUCCUCACAAGAAGUCGCUCAAACACAUCUAUACGUUCCCCAACACAUACAGACACUUACUCCCAGUCACGAGACAUCAAAUGCCAGUUCACUUGAGGGAACACCACCUCUAUAUCGAAGAGAAAGGAGACAGAGUUCGGGCACAAAUUCGGCGCCCAAUUCUCGUAGCGGUACACCUCCUCUAACACCACCAUAUAAUAUCUAUCGGACAGGUCCAUUCAGUCAACCGGUCAGUAGAAAGAUUAGUAGUGAAAAAAGAAGGUUAUGUUUUUUCAAGAAACAGCCCAGUUCUGCACCCGACUCUUUUGAUAACGAUUCCCGACCUCAGUCUCCCGAAAAACAUGAUAAGCCCAGUGUUGAAGUCUUCACAUUUGACACAAUGCACAGACUUCUUGAUAUAUCAUUGCGAGCGACCUCUGAAUCAAAAGAUAUGCUGCAAAAGCCUUUACUUCUUAACAUACCAACAGCUGGAGGGUUAAGUGUAUCUAAAGAGUCGGUACCUCACGGAUACAUGAGUCUGCCCUCACCUAAUGUUCAGUCAGAGGGCUCAGAUGCAAAUCCUGUGUUCAAAAGGCUGUCCGCAUUGGGCCGUAAGGGUGACGGCGCUGACAGCGAAAGGGAAGACGAGACUCUUCACGACGAACCGCCCGCUUCUGUACUUCAUAGACGACGAGCACUCGUACCUCCAAAGCUUAUAACUGAUGGGUACGAGAGUGCCACUGAUGAUCUUGAACCCAGUCAUAGGGCCGAAAGCACACAUUUAUUGGGUGAACCGGUUAACCCAAAGAACCGCCGCCGGAGUUCUAUUGUUGUGAUACCUCCGAUGCAGAUAUGCCCCGGAGAUUUAUUGGUUUACAGUAAAGUAUUGACCCAACGGAACAAUUUAUUAGAUAACUUAGACGGAUCCACACAAUGUUUGACACUUAGUGAAGACUCGUCCCGAAAAGGCAACCGUUUUUCGUUCCUACGGCUGUUUGACAGGUCAGGUCGGGGAAAGUCUGACUCGCUCUGUGGUCUCGAGGAAGUGCUCUCCACUCUUCAGCCGUCCGUUUUUAAUGACGAACAGCUCUCUAAAUAUAAGGGUUUAACUUGGAAUGACUUCUUGUCUAAAUUUGAAGAACGGAGAGCUUCUGGUUCUUCAAUGGUUUCGGGUUAUCGUCUGUCACAGCCAUUUAGUGAGAGCCGUCGAUCCUCAGGUCAGACAAAUUUGUCACUACCCGGCGGAAACACACCAACCAUUGUGACACAUCAUCCGCCAUCGCCAUCCAGAAAGAAACAACUGAUUAGAACACAGACCUUUGACAGCACUCACUCUAGUGAUGCCAACGAUGACAAUCAAUUGGCGAUAAGCGCUCACUCAACACGAAGUCAUAGUUGUGUCGCACCCGUUACUAUACCAGAGAUCCGUCGACUGUCACGGGAACCACUGAAUCAACAAAGUAUCGAUUCUCAAGACAUCACAGAGAGCUUUGAUUCGGCGGACCUGAUAGGAGGGUCACCGCCUCAUUCUGGUCUUAGUAGUGCCCGAAGUAGUAUAAUGUAUAGUCGUUCUGAACACAAACGAAAGGAAGCACUUUGGGAUCUCUUCCAAAGCGAGUGUGUCUUUCUAUAUGAUCAUCUGAUGGUUCUUAAGAAUGUCUUUAUGGAGCCGCUCAAGAAGAUCCAAGUUGAGGGCUAUGCCAUGUUUGCAGAACCAGAAGUCUUGUUUGGAAAUCUCGACGAACUCUGUUGUGUGACAUAUGCUUUCUGUAAGGAAUUUCUUAAUGUAAUGCUUCAGUACACCAAUUGUGGAACAGAUCUCAAUCCGACCGAUGUCUUAGUUCGUCUCUUUCAAAAGAGCUCAAAAGCCUCUUCACUGACUCAGGCCUACCAUCGCUAUACACUUAAUUAUAUCAAUGCUCUCAACUAUUUGGAGACACUUAGACGUCAGGUCGAGUUCAAUGAAUUUGAAAAGUGGUGUAAUCGUGAUUCUCGUUGCAAGAAAUUACAAUUGACUGAUCUAUUAGUAUCACCGGUUCAGCACAUAAUGCGCGUACCAUUAAUAUUGAAGGACAUUGAGCUCAGGACUGAGGAUCUAAUGGAGAAAGAGUUGAUUUCAUCAAUCAUUGAAUCGGAGGAAAACUCGUUGCGUGAAUUAGACGACAAAAUGAAAUGGCUUAAGAACUUCGAGAGAUUACUAGAGAUCCAGAGGAAUAUAGUGUGGCCGUCGGUCUUUGAUCUCGACCCUAAAGUCUUCAUACCUGAUUUCCUUAAGGGCCCGUUAUCUAAGCAGCCGUGUGAACGACUAAUUGUUAGUCCUAGAAGACAGAUAAUACUUGAGGGACCCUUACAUAUACUGGACAGCGGCAAACCCAUUGAGAUGUAUGUUAUAUUAUUUGAUGAUAUGUUGGUUAUUACCAAAAGAAAGAAAGGGUUGCAUAAAAAGCAAUCAACUAUUACUGAAAGGUGGGGGUGCGGUAGGGGUAGUUUUACCGGAUCUCAUGAAGGAAUCUUCAAAUAUGUUGUUUACAAACAGCCGCUAUCAUUGGACAGAUUUUACAUUCACGACGUACUGGCAGGAAGUGAAGGCUCGACUAAUCUGAAGAAUGUUUUUGUAUUGGUUUGUCUGAACCGAUUCCAACAGGUCAUCACUAUUCAUACAUUUCAGAGUUCAUCUGAAAGCUCCAAAAUCCAAUGGCUAUCAAAACUGAGGGAUACGGCAGACAAAUGGAAGCGAACGCUACAGAACACCGUUUUCCGGAACCAACAGAGACUCAGCAGCGGUAGUGUCUCGACGGCCGCCAGCUUUAGAGAUAAUUCCAGUACAACUCAUACCAUAUCGACGAGAUAACUGAUAAUCAUUUUUAUAUAACCUAUUUAUACAAUUUUUAAAUAUAUACAUACAAUUGACAACCGGGUCAUCCAAUCAUUACUCCACUUUCUAUUAUUUUAUAUUUAUUAUUAUUAGUUGAAUACAA